AUGAGUGUCACAAGUGUUACCCAAACGGUACCCAAAAUUCCAGUAGUAGAUUUCUCCCAAGAGGAUUGCUUGAAGCCAGGGACAAGUUCUUGGCUCUCAGUACGUGGGAAUGUUUGCCGUGCACUCGAAGAGUUUGGUUGUUUCAUGGCAGUCUUGCCCAACAAAGUUUCACCUGAGCUUCACGACAGCAUGUUUGGGACAUUAAAAGAGCUGUUUGAUUUCCCAAUUGAAACUAAAGCGCAAACUCCGCAGGAACAACCAUUAAUUGAUGGUCAUGUAACGGGGCCUUUCCAUGAAAGCUUGGCAACUGGUACAGACAGUGAAAAAUCGCGAAUAUUCGAACAUCAUUUUUGGCCUAAUGGAAAUGAUCAAUAUCGUGAGACUGCUGAUGCGUAUAGAAGAGUGAUGGCAGAACUAAAUCAAGCGGUGACAAGAAUGGUAUUCGAAAACUACAACGUAGAAAAACACCUUGACGAUCACCUUCAAUCGACUGUGUCCACUCUCCGCUUUAACAAAUAUAAGAAACCUGAGAAAAUCGGAACUGGACAGGGUCUAUCCGGGCAUACAGACAAGACUUUAACUACCAUACUCCACCAAAAUCAUGUCAAAGGUCUUGAGAUAUAUACAAAAGAUAACAAAUGGAUUGGUUUUGAUCCUUUGCCUUCGUCCUUCCUAUUCAUGGCAUGUGAUGGAUUUCAGGUUUGGAGCAAUGACAGAAUACCAUCUUGUAAACAUAGAGUCAAUUUGAAGGAGAAUGAGGAAAGAUACUCGUUUGGACUAUUUUCAUACUUGGAAGGAGUGACACGCGCGCCGGACGAGCUUACCGCAGACGACCACCCCGUGAAGUAUAAGCCAUUGCAUAUGUUGGAUUAUGUUCAAUUUUAUGUGGCCAAUUAUCGUAACGUUGGAGCUGGGUUUUCUGUCAAGGAAUAUUGCGGGGUUUGAUUUCCAUGCUCGAAGGCUCCAAGCUUAGCUUAUCCCCUAUUGUCUUUUUUUUUUUUAUGUAUUGUGUUUUUUCUUUCUUGUUUUAGCAACCAUGUUGUGUGUUAUGUCAUUAAUGUUGCUAUAUUUUAAAUAAAUUUAUCAUCACUUGAAAAUAGUCAUCAUCUUGUACUAAUAACUACCAAUUUCCAUCAAAUAUCAAAUUCAUAAGAGUU